UUCAUUGGAAUGACAUCAUUUCGAAAUACUCUUUCACCUCCUCCUUACUGCCAUGUCUUCCCAUUAUGUUCCCGCGCACGUCAUACCUGCGUUCAGCAAGCACUACUCCGUCUACCAUGACAGAGAGUUCCUUGACAUUCCUCGCAAGUGGGUCUCGCGACACGGGCACAGGACUCCGGACUCAUGCACGUUGGAGCUUGUCAAUGGACUGCAAUGGUCCGUUCAUUUGACCAAGUCACGGUAUGUGACUUGGUGCUUUGAUGGGGGAUGGUCGGAGUUCGUUCGUGGCGCACGUAUAGAACCAAAUGAUUUUCUUGUUUUCCUUUACAAUGGUGACGGCGUUUUCCAAGUAUUGCGAUUCAAUGAUCAAGGGUGGAUGCCGAUGCGAGACCUCACAUCCGUAGAGGACCUAGCAAUGCAGCUUCGUCGCGAUGGCGAUACUUCUAGUGAUGAUACAGGUGUCGAGCGUUAGAUGUGCCAUUGUAUCGUGGAGGCAGAAGUUCUGUUGUGAUCCUUAACACAGCAAGCGGUGUUGUGCUUCAUCCCACGCUGUUUUGUGCUAACUGAUUCCCCUCUUUUCUUUAUUUCUUAUUUCUAUCGCAUGUGCUUAGUUGUUUUGUGUUUAUGACUGAAUUCCCUUCUAUUUUAUAUCUGUUUCUCAUAGCUAUGA